UGCAGCAAUUGUUCGACUAGGACCACACCUCUGUGGAGGAGAGAUGGCCAUGGAGGGCUCCUAUGCAAUGCUUGCGGCUUGUUCGCCAAGGUGAAGGGAAGACCAAGACCGCAUAGCCUGAAGACGGAUGUAAUCAAGCCCAGAGCGAGG